AUCCACUGCCGGGGCGGGGGGUGCAGCGGGGGGAGGGGGCGGUGGUGAAUCCCGCUCCAGCCGCGGGGAUCCAGGGCGCGUUUUGCCGCCUGCCGGGAGGGCUCGGGGCGGCGAGCGCCCUGCCGAGCCGCCCCCUCCCCGCUCCCUCCCGGAGGGUCCGGCCAGGGGCGACGAGUGCGGCCGCCGCCAGGAGCACGUUUCGCGGCCCGGGGCUCCCUCUCUCGCGCCUGGGCUCGUCGCGCUAUGGGAGCCGCCCGCCCCCGGGGGCCCGGGCCGUGAACCGCGCCUCGCCCCGCUCCCAGCGCGGACCGCCAAGGCAUGCCAGCAUCGCCCCUUCCCGAGAGCUUUGGGCCGGCCGCGCCGCAGCCCUGAGUUAACGCUGGAUCACCACAGAGGGCAGCUACGAGAGCAUGCAGUUUUCUAUUGAAACAAGAGCUCAUGUUUUUUUUCCAUCUCUUCUCUUAAUACUUCUACUGCUCCAAAGACAUGGCUCACCAUGCAAGGCCUUCCAGAUUAGUCAAAAAGGAAGAGUUAGGUAAAAGGAAAACUAACCAGAGCAAAAAGAAAUCGAGCCAAGUGAGGAAGAAAACCACAAAGACCUCCACAAAAGCUAAUAGUUCUGGAAAAAGCAAAAAGCCAGCACAAGAAAAAGAUGGUAAGAAAAAACAGCAAGAAAAGAAAACAAUCAUGAGCUCUACCAGUAGGUUUCUCAGGAGCAGUGUAACUAGAACCUUAUCUGGAGCAUCUUGGGUGACUUUGGAGAAAGCUGACAAUGUCCUCUUUCAUAAUCAGGAUUCUUUCAACGUCAAUGGCUUUACAAUGUCUCUCCGCAAUCGAUCGUUUUCCCAUAGGUUGUCUCAAGCUCCAACAGUUGCAAAAUCCAAGAAAGCUGCAGCACAAAGAAGACUAGAAUCACAGGAAAAGUAUGAGCAAGGAGCCCUGGCAGCAGUAGAAGGAAAAAAUGUUGAAACGGGCAAAAGCAUUUUGAAACAAGAUUUAGCACAAAGUGAGUUAAUUCCUCUGCCUGUAGAAGGUGCUCCAUGUAGUGCAGGUGAAGAGCCUGCUACCACAUGUUCCAGUCAAGACAAACAGCUAGAAAUACCUGAAACAAAUUACUCCAUUCCAAGUAAUCAGCUAACUGAUGACGAUACAGAAGCAUCAGAGGUGAAGUGCAAGCACAAAGACUUGCCUUGUGAACAGGCACCCAGUGACCUCAAUACAGGUAGUUCCGUUGAAGCAGUUGUUGAAGAUGCUGCGCUCAUGCUUCUGUCUUUUCCUUCUGACUCCAUCAUCAACUCUGAAUCAAACUUGAAGGGGUGUGUGGAGACUCCCUUCGAUACGGUGCCUAACAGUAAAGAACCUGACUCCAGUGCUGUUGAUACCUCAGACCUCAGCUCAGCCAUAUUGUUAGUAGAGUCAGUCCCACUUGCUAAAUCCCAUGUCGAAGCAGAGUCAGACUUGGUGCUACCUAGUGAAGAACAAGACUCAAAUUCUGAACCUAUAGUUACCUCUGAGUUUAACUCACAAGAACAUUUAUUAGCAGAUGCAAACUCAUUUUCAGAGUCCUGUCUGAAGGCAGGGUGGACUUUAGAGUCUGUGAGUAGAGACAUUAGUUCAGAUUCCAGCUCUGUAGCUGCCACUGAAUCAAAUUCACUUUUACAUUUCAAAGGUGAAAGCUCACUUGCAGCAUCUCACAUGAAACUGGUUGUGGAUUUUGUCCCCAUUUACACAGAACUUGACUCAAGUUUGGAUUUGAGCUGUACAAGACUGAAUUCAGAAUCUGACUCAAAAAACAUACUUGCAGUGUGUGAACCAGUUCCCAAUAUCUCUUUAAACAGUUUUGAUGUGGAGGCCAUCGAACAGCUUGCUAAAUGUAUCGAUGCAGAAACAUUCAUUCUGAAUUCAGGCUACGUCCCCACUUUAUCUCCAGAUUUAGAAAAAAGCACAGUUGAGAAAAUAUCUGGUGAAAGCUCUGGACAGUUCUCUGAAGGUUUUGUUUCAGAGCUGCCUUCAGGCAUGGAAAUAUCUGAUCUUGCAUCAGAAAAAGCCAUAAAUGCAGAUUUGCCAGCUGACUCAAGACUGCAGCAUAAUGAUUAUUCAUCACAGCUGGGAAGUGUCGGAGUAAGCCUGAAUUUGGUUCAGCAUGUAAGCAACAGCACUGAAGCAGUUCAGGCCUCAGGGCCAUCCUCUCUCAAAAAUCCAGCUGGUGAUCACCCUGUUCCAUAUUCAACUCUUCUCCCUGUGCUAGAAAAGAAGAAACGAAGGCGUUGUGGAGUCUGCGAGCCCUGUCUGCGGAAAACAAAUUGUGAAGAAUGCAGCUGUUGCAGGAAACGCAAAACCAGCCACCGGAUAUGUAAAAAAAGGAAAUGUGAAGAACUGAAAAAGCCACCACCACCACCACCACCCAUCCUACUACCUUUUCAGGUCCUAACUGAAAACAAAAGACCUCAGAGGAGGAAGCAAAGAAAUUUAAAGGCAAAUUUAGAAAACAAACCAGUAAAUGGCCGCAGACCAGAACUCAUGGAAUGCAGUAUAUGUGGUCAUGGUGAAAAAUACAGGGCAAAACCAAACCAAGCAGUACCCAUUGAAAAUGUGCAGUCUAACGAGAAAGAAAGAAUGACAGGCUUAGAAACAGAGAAGUGGGCACAUAACGAAAAGCCAUCUUUUGGUGUCCAUGUCAAUGGAGAUAACCAUGCAACUCUGGCAGGCACUGAACACUUGAAAAAUGCAGAGGACAGUGAAAGCACAGUCCCUCCCAAUUGGUUAGCUGAGCCAAAAAAAUCAUUUGCACAGACUCUCAAAAAUGGCAUCAAACCCCUACAAUAUUCGUCACCAGAAGCAGUUGCUACGCUGAAAGAAGUAUCCCUAGAGGAAAGGAUAGAUUUGACAAGCAGCUCCCAUAAGCAAUGGAUGAAGGGUACCAAUGUGAGUAGCGUGGUAAACACUCUGACUACAGGUGUGGGUUGUGUUCACCUGGAAAAAGAAGGGAAUAUUUUAAUGAAAGAGGAAAACUGCACUUGCAGCAUCUUUGGAGAUUCUGAGAAGUCAGUUUUGCAGACAAGUUCCAUUUUGGAUCUGCAGGAAAGCUUGUAUUGUCCUCCACUGCCUGAAGAGGAAGUGCAUGUAGGAAAGGAUGGCUCUGAGGUACCUAACACAGAGACACAGCAUGAGGAUUCUUCACUCCAGCCAACUUUCCUGUCCCUAAUUAAAAACAGAAAUUUAACCAUAGAGCAGCUUGUAGCUAUUGAGGCUUUAACACGGUUAUCUGAAGCCCCUUUAGAAACCUUACCAGCUAAAACAGAAAGGACUGAAUGUACAGAAGAAACAACUUCCAACUUGCUCCAUAGUAACAAAAGAGAUAUCUCAUCCUCCUUCACGUCUCCUGCAUUAAAAGAAAUCAAAGACACUUACUUAGAGAAUGAGCAACAGCUCUUGGCUCACUGUGCUCACUCGCAGAAGCAGCUCCCUAAUAAGGCAGUGUUAUACAAUGGCCAAAGUUCAGUUUCUGAAUCGUGUGAUAAACCUGCCAGCUCGACGGGUGAGAUGUAUAAAUCACAGUUAUUCUCAAGAGAUACCGAAACAUUAUCUGACUUAACAUCUAAUUCAAAGUCAUUUUCAGGAUAUACUAACAAGAAAAAUCAUACUUGUGAUCCAGUCACCCUUGCACAGUAUUGCAAUGCCUCAUGUAACGUCCAGCAAACAAGUAACAGCUUGGAAGCUCUUGGCCAGUUAGAGCAAAAGCCAACCUGUAAUGAUUUGAAGUUGGAAGCUAGUUCUUUCAGUAAAGAAGGUGGAGUUCACAGCCAGGAUGAAGAGGAUGUAGCUGCACAACUCACUCAACUUGCAGCGUUAAUUGAAUCAAACGAGACACAUUCAGAGCAAAAGAAUGACAUAAAGGCAUCACUGCUUAAUCUAAUAUCACAUGAGAGGCAGCCAAAAUGUAACCAAGACGUGCUGCAGAAAAAAGAAUCUGUAUUCUUUAGGAAUAAUUAUAAGUCCUUACUGUUAAAACAAAAACAAUCAACAAGCAAAAAAGGAAAUGCUGCACAAUGGAAACCAAGACCCAAAAAGAAGCCUCAAGAAGCACGCUAUCAACAAAACAAUCAAAAGCAGCUAGAACUGUUGUCGUGCCAGCAUAACGAGUUGCAGGACAUUUGGAUAUCAUCAAAGCCACACAAGCUUGGUCAAACCGUGCCACAGGAUUCGAAAAUAGCUCCCUCUGAAAAAAAGUCGCCAAGAACCAAAGUCCAGAGACCACCGAAUCAAAAUACUGCAGUAUCACAAGAAAAAAAUAGAUUAUUUCUCCCACAAACCCAGAUAAAAUUCCAUAGAUGUUUACCUGAGGUACCGCAAGAAAGAAAAAAAGACAGGUUGUUGGGCUCUGAAGUGGUGAAUGAGCAAAUCAAAACUGCAGGCUCCAGUGACCCAGUGGGCAACAAUCCACUGAAAAGUGAAAUUGUGGCAUGCAACCAGCAUAGGAACCUGUCUUCCCAUAGCCCUCUGUUUGUGUCACAGUUGAAACCAGCUUCCUUAUUGAACAGACCAAGUGCAAACCUACAGAUGUUUACAGAAAAACACAAUUCUCAGGUACAGCAAACAGCAAAUGUCAGCCAGACGCAUCUCUUGCCUCAAACUUUUGAUCAUUCUAACCUGAGACCUAAUGAAACACAUAGUGAAGACAAAGCCUGUAUUCAGCAGAGUGCUGUCAAGCAACAAGUAGAGCCCAAGUUGCAAGUGCUGCCUGUUCCCUGCGGUGGGGCCCAAGUACCAGGUGCUGUUGAAGCUCUCAGGAAAAUGGAGCAUGCAAGUGAAGUGACCGCUCUAACAUCAACCAGUUUGGGUACUGAGCAUCCACAGAGCACAGGCAACUCAGGGUGUUCUCCAGCAAAAAACACGCUCAGCAGUUUCCUUGAAUCACCUAUGAAGUUUCUUGAUACCCCCACAAAAAAUUUAAUAGAUACACCUACAAAAAAAGGACAGCCUGAAAUGCCAACUUGUGACUGUGUUGAGCAAAUAAUAGAGAAAGAUGAAGGCCCAUAUUACACACACCUGGGGACAGGACCAAGUGUCGCUGCUGUGAGAGAAAUAAUGGAGAACAGGUAUGGAGCGAAAGGAAGUGCUGUAAGAAUAGAGGUAGUGGUUUAUACAGGAAAGGAAGGAAAAAGCUCUCAGGGGUGUCCAAUUGCCAAGUGGGUGAUACGAAGAAGUAGCGACGAGGAGAAGUUGCUGUGCUUGGUACGUCAGCGUGCAGGACACCACUGUCAGACUGCCGUCAUUGUGAUUCUCAUCCUGGCCUGGGAAGGGAUCCCUCACCUCCUGGCCGAUACGCUCUACAAAGAGCUGACGCAGAGCCUCAGGAAAUACGGCUGCCCCACCAGCCGUAGGUGUGCGUUAAACGAAGAUCGUACUUGUGCAUGUCAAGGACUUGAUCCAGAAACUUGUGGAGCAUCAUUCUCAUUUGGCUGUUCAUGGAGUAUGUAUUUCAAUGGCUGUAAAUUUGCCAGAAGCAAAAACCCAAGGAAAUUUAGGCUUCUCACAGAUGACCCUAAACAAGAGGAACUUCUUGAAAAUAAUUUGCAAACUUUAGCUACUGAUGUGGCUCCGGUUUAUAAAAAGCUUGCUCCUGAAGCUUUCCAGAACCAGGUGGAAAAUGAACACAUGGGCCCUGAUUGCCGGCUGGGCUCCAAGGACGGGCGGCCUUUCUCAGGUGUAACAGCGUGCAUAGAUUUCUGUGCCCAUGCCCACAAGGACACACACAACAUGCACAAUGGAAGCACCGUGGUCUGUACGCUGACGAAGGAAGACAACCGGAGAGUGGGGGUGAUCCCAAGCGAUGAACAGCUCCAUGUGUUACCUCUUUACAAAAUUUCACAAACAGAUGAAUUUGGGACCGAAGAGGGAUUGGAAGCUAAGAUAAAAGCCGGAGCCAUACAGGUGCUCACAGCUUUUCCCAGAGAAGUGCGAAUGUUAGCUGAGCCUCUCAGAGCUACAAAGAAGAAGAAACCAGACACAAGGAGGACGUCGAGUGAAAAGCAGCCACUAACAGACAAAAAGUACCCCACACCAGUAAAGCUGAAAACUGAAGCCCCAGAAAAUCUCGGCAACACCUUGACUUGUUUAGGGACCACAUCAGAUGCUUUAAAACCUGGAAUAAAAAUGGAGGCUCCUGAUCACCUCUAUGCCAUUAAAAAUACUUCAAACACUACUAAAAAUUGCUCCUUGAUGAAACAGUACACGGCUUCCUCCCCUUUCAAGGUGGAUAGUUUACACCCCUGUUCAUCUUUAGCACACAAGCCUGGCAUCACAGCAGUGACCAACAUUCAACAAGAUUUUUCAGUUCCCUACGGGUAUUUUGAAUGCAGCAGUAAGCAACCUCACGUGACACCUUACGUUAAUUGUAAGAACUUUGAUGUGUCAGUCAAAGAUUAUACUGGAAUUUUGCUGAAUGAGAAGAUGAAUGGUGUGCCACCAAUUCUUCCAGAGGUCACUGUGCCAGGCUCCCCAGCCCCUAAGGCCCCCCUGCCCACUAUACUUGAACAUCAGCCAGACAAGCAGAAUUGUCAGCUUCAGUCAGGCAGCUCCGCCUCUUCGCAGCCCAUCAGCUCCUGUGACCUGUCAGUACCACCGAGCUCUCCGGCAAAGGACGCCCUGGGAAGUGAAGCUGAGUGUUCCCAUGGAUGCCCAGUGGAAAGGGGCAGCUCCCAAAAAGAGCAGCUGUGCAAUUUUGAAUGUGCUGACAUAAAACAGAGCACUGCACUGGGACAGCCGACUGAUGUGGAAGAAAAAGCUGAGGAAAUAUGGUCAGACAGUGAGCACAAUUUUUUGGAUGAUGAGAUUGGCGGGGUUGCUGUGGCACCUUCUCACGGUUCUAUCCUAAUUGAAUGCGCAAGACGUGAACUCCAUGCUACCACGCCUAUUAAAAAGCCCAAUCGCAAUCAUCCCACCAGGAUUUCUUUGGUUUUCUACCAACACAAAAAUUUAAAUGAGCCAAAGCAUGGUUUAGCCAUGUGGGAAGCAAAGAUGGCUGAGCGGGCAAAAGAAAAAGAAAAAGAAGCAGAAAGAUUAGGAAUGGAGAACACUGAACUAAACUCUAGCAGCAGGAAAACAAAGCAAACAGGUGAAACCAGAGAUAUUUUUUAUGAAGACAAUGAGUUCAACCAAAUUCCAUCACGCAGAGCAUUAACAGUUACUAAGGAUAACGUGAUAACAGUAUCUUCUUACGCCCUUACACGAGUUGCAGGGCCUUACAACCAUUGGGCAUAGGUUCAGUAUCGAAUGCCUCCUCUUGGUGCAGUGUUACACAGUGUUUCUUUAAGGUGCUGUUAAAGAACAAGUCUUGUGUAGUUUACUAUUUGCUCAUCUCAACCAUUUUAAGGCUGAGGUAAAAAAAAAGGGGGGGGAUUUCUUCUUAAACUGUGACUUUUAACAUUUGGUGGUGCUCAAGCACAAUUUAAGCAAAAAAAAAACUGUAUAGUUUUAAUACAUUCUAAAAAAGAUUUUGUUUAGGUUAUUAACCUUGAUUGAAUCAUUCAGUUUAUUACCUUUAGGAAUUUAUAUUUGGUGCUUUAAAUCAAGUCUGUUUACUACAAGAAUCAUUUAUAAGGAUUUUAACAGGUUCACAUUUUAUGGUGUUAUACAAGUUAUACAGUAAUAGCUCUACACAGCUCUUGGUGCUUAACCACAUUGAACAGUUAUAAAUAAGCUGAAUUAUUACUUCAUGGUGCCAUUGCUUUAACAACUUCCAACCAUUGGUGUAUAGUCCAAACUGCAGAUAAAUCUUUUAGAAAACCAAUGAUUUUUUUUGAUUUACAGAGGUCAUUAUGUACAAAAUGGAGUUAUUUGCAAUGAUGGCUGGAAGUUGUUUUUAAGCUGUAAAUAUAUAUUUUAAAAGCACUUUCUAUUUUUAAAAUUAACUUGAAAUAGUAUAGUAUAAGGUUCAUAUUGUCUAAGGUUUGUGCAUACUCUACAGAAGAGAUCAUUUUAUUCUUGCUGUGUAGAGUUCCAUAUUGUUACAGCUACAGUAUGUGUGCUAACGGCAUAUGUGAUUGGUUUUAGACUUGCCCUUUUUCAUUGAAGAUUUUAUGUUGCAUUUAAACCAGUUAUCAAAUACAGAAACACGUUGUUAUUUUCAUGAGCGUACAAUGAGUUAGGAGACAUCUUGUCAGUACAUGUGUUGGGAGCUAGGAAUAUCGUUUGGGUCUUUUUAAAGGCAGCAUUUGUUACGAUUUUUUUGAGCAAUAAGUUUGUAAGUCUCAUUUGUUUGGAGCAUUUUAAGCUAACAUGACAACCAAAUGUUCCUAAUGCCUCAGGGGUAGGAUUGUUUUGGAAAAAAUACCCCCUAGAGUCGCUUUAUUCUGUUCUGGAAAAACAAAAUAACUAAUUUGGGGAAAACACAAUGUAAGUGUUGGAAGACAUAAAUCUUCUAAUAUUUAACAGCAAAUUUUUCAUUAAGAAUAAUGUAUCUGUACUAUUCACCAGCCCUUUCUGUUCAGUUUUUGUACAAAAAUGUUCUGUACAUUUUUCAUGUGGUUCGCAUGUUCUUCUUUCCAAACACAGAAAAGUUAUCUUCUCCAUUUCUGUUGGAAAAGUGACUAUUUGAUAGACCAUAAGAAAACCAGACACUCCAUUGCUUUUAAAUGCUGUAGCAUCCCACUCUUCUUUCUGAUUCUCCUCUCCUAUGUAUUUCCUUUUUAAACUUAUUUAAACAGAUUACCAAAUUACAACAUUAGCUAAGAACUGACCUCAUCCUACAGCUUCUCGCAUGCGAACAGCUCUGCAUAACCAUAGCUGCCCAGUCAGAGCCUGCAGGAUUGCUCAGGCCAGAUCCCCGCUCCUGACUGAGAGCUGCAGGAUCAGGCUCCUGAGGUGAAGCUGUACCUUACUUCUGCCUCGGAGUCCUCUCCACUGGAGUAAUCUGUAGGUGUAAAGAGGUCAGAAAAUGUACUAAUAAUAUGCUUGAUAAUGUUCUAGCAUAGUGGUGCUGUAACAGAAGAGUAUGAACUCUCUAGAUCUGCUCUAUUUCAAAUCCAGACAAGGUGCUUGUUCCUUGGAAAGCUGAACUGUAAGCCCUGUUUACAGUUUUGGUACGAAAAAUACACUAGCUAUGUUCUUAACACAGUGCCAGUUAGGACCUUGGUGCUACAAAUGCUGAAAUGUGGCUGUAGAUCCCCGAGACUGUUCUGUACAGAUGUGCACACCUGCAGGUCUGAAGUAGCAAUGUAAGGACCUUGGGUUCAGUUCUGCAGCUUCCUGUCAGAAUUAACAGAGCAGUUGAUGGCAGAGGACGGCCCAACUGAACCCUUCUUUGUAUCUUACCUAUUUUAAGUAAGUUUGUAAAAACCGGGUAUGCUGCAAAUUCUAGUUCAAAGCUUAAUAUUAGCUCAGAUAGAGGAUAUGAAGGGAUUGUAAAUAGUAAUAAAACAAAACCAAUUUUAUGCCAUCAUUUUUUACCAGCAGUUUUAUGCUUCUUGGCUACGUAAUAUACAGUAUACAUCAGAUCAUUAUGGUAUUUUGUGUGCCUUAGAUUUCCAUUUAAAAACUUGUAUAUUUUUGGUGAGCUGAAGAUUAGUACGAGUUCCAGCAGUCCCUACAUUAAGCAGUACUGUUUUCACUCAUGUAUUUUCUACCUGAAAACCCUUGUCCCGCCCCACAGUUGAUCAUGUAAGAGGAAAGAUUAAUUUACUCGUUUCAGUGCUGAUAGCUUUAGUUUGUAUCCAUGCAGAUUGAAAAACUUGAUUUCUGAGCACUCUCAUGUGCAUAAGUUUUUCUAUACUAAAUCAGUAAAUUAUAGAGCCAUCUCUUGAUAUUUUAAAGGGUUUGGAUUGUUAAAGUGUAUUAUUUUCACUUAAAUCUUCCCCUAUAAAUGCCUUUGUUUAAUUUAUGCGUGACUGGAAACUUUGAGAUUAAAAUGUUCCAUUGGAAAACCAGCAGCUUCCCUCAGAGAAGUGAGAAACAGAAAGGUGAAUCUGAAAGGAUACCUCCAAACAUAGCCUCUGGCAAGUCACUGCACAGGUCAGUUGAGGUCUUUUUAAGAAAUGGCCAUUUUACCAGAGAAAGAUUUAUCUUAACAUACAAUUAAUGCUUUAACAGAUAGGUGCUAAAACUCAUAGUUAACUAUUUUAAGCUUACUUACAUGAGAAGAAUUUAUGGUGUAUAGAACAAAAUGCCACUGGUGGUGCUAUUUCCUUGGCUGACUGUCACACAGCUACUUUUCCAGGCAGGCCAGCCACUUUCAGUACUGCUGUGGCACACAACAGGUUGUAAUCUGAGAAGCUGCUAUUUUCUGUUGCUGUACUGCAGCAUAGAAGAUGCAAAUGCUCACUCUUUUUACAGCUGAAUGCUAUUUAUUGUAACAUCUCAGAAUAGUUAUGUCAUUUUGAGUAGGGUUGUCAUGAUACAACAGCAUUUGUCUCUUAAAAUUUGCUAAUCUGUGGGUCUGUUGCUUUCUUUGCAGCCCACACAACCACUUGAAUUUGCUCUUGGCCCUUAACAAGGUCCUUUAAGGAUGGCCAGCCAAAGAGCUGGGUCUACAAUGAAGGUAGCUGGCUAGGUUAGACCUGCCUAUUUUAACUGGUUUCCAGCAGCUGGCACGAUGAUGUGGGUUAAGAACCAGAAAAUGGACUCAGGUGUGGGCUGGUGAUGGGGUGUGGUUGUGUGUUGAUCCUUCUUCACAGUAUGCUAGCAAAAACAUGAUCCAACACGGGACACCUCUGACUUCCCAGAAGAAAUGUCUCUCAUCUCUUUCUCCACUGCCACUUUACACUCACCCUAGAGGGAGGGAGCAGUGCUUUCUGCAGGAGCGGCUCUGUGGACUCACUCAGUCCCUGUUGGAGUUACUGCAGUCAUGCCCAAUUCAGUAGUGAAUUUUACUCAUGCAGUUUCUCUGUGCUUACUGAUUUGUAAUGUGCUAUUAUGUUACAGAAAACAGAAAUAAUUCUUACUAUAAAUAUUUUGGUCAUAAGAUCUAAACAGCUUUUUAAGAACUUAGAAGUACUUGUGACUUUCUAGCUGUAACAGUUGUAGUCAGAUUUAUUUUAAGGACUUUUAAAGCUAAUUUAGGAAUAACUGCUGUUAUAAGUCCUUUUCUUACCUGUGACAGUGCUUCUCUAUGCUUAGAACAAGAAAUGACUAGUAUCUUAAGCAAUGUUUUAUGUUAAGCAUGAGUGAAUAGCAACUUCUUUGUACUUAAGAUCAUUUGUAACAUAAAACUGUUUGGGAUUUUUAAAACAACUUGCUAAUAUCAUUGCAGUAUUAUAUUAAAUUUGGGCUAAAUUUGGAUCCUCCUUAUGUUGCUGCAGCCCCCUGACUGCAAAGUGUUCAUUCAUCAAGCUUUCACACCAUUUUCAUGUGUAGCUGGAUGGAACUGAAUGAUAACGGUGUGCCAAAGCCAGUGCCGAGUCAGACCCUCGUAACCCUACAGUUAAUAGGUUUUGCAAGGAGAGAUGGAGACUGGAGUAAAUGUACAUCUGGUUAAACACUUCUGGUUAAACUUCACCUCGAGUUUAAGGUAGGCAGGUCUAUUUCAGGCCACUUUCAGGCUUAUGCUCUUAACAGGUUGAGCAGAAAAUAAUGAAGUACUUACUGCCUUUUAUUAAAGGGUAGAGGGGUGUCAGCAUCAUUGUUUUCCUCUUUCCAAUAGUAAAGACCUUAGGAUUCUUUUUUUAGUCCAUUUCACCAGUUCAUCAUCCCAGCACAGUUUGCAGUGUUCAACCACUUAUUUUAACUUCACAUUUAAAAGAUAUGAGAUGCUUCUCCAUGCUGUAUUCUUAAUUCUUCCCACAACAGUAUCUUUUUCUCUUUUCUUCUACUGAUCAUUAUGUAUGUAUUUUUUCCACACAUACAUAUAUUAAAGUGCUAGAAGGGUGCUAAACAACUGAAUGUGAAGGUGAUGUGCUCUAUUUGGUUUGACUGAUGGACAGUAUUCUGUUUCCAACACCUUGCACAUCCUCCAGCUUUCCUCAUAAAGUCAGAGAAUGCAGGUGUAGACCCCAAACAGCUACACACAUAGGGAGUUAAUCUACAGAGAGUUACCAAUUAGAGCAGAUAAACUGUAUUCCAAAGUGCUGCUGCAGUGGAGUAAGGCAACUGCUAACCUGAUGUUCAGUACUGCAACUGUUGCCACAGAACAUUUUAAUACUGUUGUUGAAAGUUUUGUCACCUGAUCAGUAUUUUACAUGUAUAUCUGUAUUUUUAUUAUUGUAAUGGAAAAGUGUCUAAGUUUGGGAGUUGUAUUAAAAUAAGAAUUAAGGCCCUGAUUAUCAUUUAUACUACUGGCCUUUGCAUCCCAUUAAAAUGAUAAAGGACCUGAAAUGGAUUAUGAUUUAUCUUACGUGCUUCAGAGUAUCCCAUUGCACUGACAAUGGUCUGGAAAGUUGGCAGUAUAAAUCAAAAUUGUUACCAAAUGACUAAUUUGUACAAUCAUCUGAAAUCAAUUUAAUAAUAUCCCGACUGUUUGCUUACUGGACAGUAACAUUCAAUUGUUCUCCAUUUACAAAUACAGGCUGGAAAGGAACUGGCUUGGCUUUUAUCAGGUUUUAAGCAUUCACGUAUAUUGGCUGCCGUUUUCCCAACACUAUGUACAAAGAGAAUGUGGUGCAAGGUUUUUGUACCUCUAAGUAAUGGCCUGGCUAGAAAUCUCACAGAAGAACUGUCAAUAACACUGUGUCUGAGCUUUGGUAGUUUUUCCUAGAAUAUUUGCUUCCUUUUACCAUAGUUCAUCACACAGACUGGAGUUGUGACAAUCCAUUUAAUUCUGUUCUUUUCUGAUUGAAGAUUCAAUGGGGUGUGUAGUAUUGUGGUUGUUGUCACUCUGUGGUGAGUUUUAAGACAAAGCUAAAAGCCGGUGUUUUCUAACUGCCUAAACUGUGGUGACACUCAAUGUGAAACCAUUGGCACUGCCCUGCAAGCUUGAGUCAUGCAGAGCUUCCCUUGCUGCCAAUGGAAGCAUUAUGUAAGCAUCCAGCCCUGCUACAGUGCAGUUACAGAAUGCAACACGGUGCAAACUUCUCUUUCAAUACAAGUUUGAGGAAAAGGAAAUACAUUUUCUCCCUUAAAUUUCUGAACUACAGUAAUACUGCAGAGUCUAAUGAAGACAGAUUUUGUGCUAACUCUGUGAAUGCCAGUCUAAUCCAUGCAACUCGAAAGGCAGCAUCUGGACUUUGUGAAUCUCUUGUCCUCAGAAUGAAAAAAAUAACUGUAGGCAAGAAAAACAAAUGUGAUAUCCCAAUGCCAGUUCUAACCAACACGAACAGUUCAAACAUUUCAGUGUCUACCAACCAUUCUACAAUUCUUUGUUCAGUUUGAGACAGCUCUUCAUCAUAUGACAAUAUCAGAGCAGGUCAUAAAUAAUGUUCAGACUUUGCUGUCAUAAGGAAGAACAUUAAUAUGUAAGGACAUACUGUACUGCCAUGCUAUGGUUAAAUGGAAUUCUUUCCUGCUUUGCAUAGUGAAAAUAUUAACAGCAUGCUAAAGCAAAAAAGAGAACCUUGCCUUUCUUUCCUUCUCUCUUUUCUUUUUUUCUCUCUUUAUCUUUCUUUCUCUGGGAUGCACUGGGUAUUUAUUUUUCAAAUUUGGAUUUGAGGGUUUGGGUUAUUUCCAGUUACCAGCCUAUGGUACUUUGAUCUGGAACUUAAAAAUACUACUUUAAAUGAAAGAUUAUGUACAGGGACAAAAGAAUCAGAAAGCAAAAGCACUUCAUUAUGUCACACUAUUUACGGGAGAAGGUAUAAAAUUUGCUUCUUUUCUCAGAAAACAUUUGGGCCUGAUUCUUUCCUAGUAAAACUGAGCACAGCUUCAUGAGGCUAGUGGAGCUGUGCACAGUUAUGCUAGCUGAGAAACUGAACCUUAAAAUCUUCUUUGCAGACAAGGGAACCCUUACCAGCAGUACUUGAAGACUUGUGAGUUGUGACUGCAUGUUACUUGAAAGAUCUAAUUAAGCUAUGUUUUUUGGUGCAAGCAGUUGUUGUACAUGAUUUCAUGUUUAUGUAGCAAGAUGCAUUGAAAUGUCGAUACUAGUAUUGAAACAUACAUGUAAAAAUUGUUGUUGUGGAAAUUGUCUGUUCUGUUCUAUUUUUCUUGUGUGUCUCAUCUGUUUAGAACGUAAACUUUCCUUUUUUCUAUUUUUUAUUGUCCUAACUGAAUAAGGCUAAAUGAAUACUGUAAUUGAAAAUAUAUUUUAAAUCUUGUCAUGAGUUUUUAAAAAGACUAUUACAAAUUGUACCAUUCCUGAUUACACAGAACUUUGUGGGUGGUUUUAAAUAAAUUUUAUACUUCUAUUUUGCA